UAGACAAGCGUGGAAGAGUAAUGAAACCGUAUAACGGAAAUUCUCCCCCAACGCAUGGCCAUGGCUACGUCGGCGACCACCACCACUUCCGCCACUGCAAGUAUUUAUCUCUGCCGGAAACCUCUGGCCAUUGGAAGAAGCUGCUCCAACAAUUACAUCAGUUUCGUGAGGAAAUCAACGCGUCGAUUCUGUGUCAGUAGUUCCGCCGACGAUUUACCAUCGUCGUCGGCAGCCACUACGGAGGUCGAGGGAACGGAGGAGAGUAAGAUUGAAGUACCAAAGGGACCUCCUUCUUUGAUUUCUGCCCUAAACGUAGAAAAAGCUCUUCGUGGAAUUGCCAUUACAGAUGCAGAUUACUAUGGCAUACUAGGACUAAAAAAGGGAUGUCCAUAUGACCAGGUCAAAGUUGCAUAUGAUGUAAAGCUUGAGGAACUAAUGAACCAAGGUCUGGAACAAGAGGAGCUAACCAAGAAGCUUGACCUCUUAAAGGAGUCCUACACAAUCUUGUCUUCAGUAGAGGAUAGAAGGCUGUAUGAUUGGAGCUUGGCAAGGAAUGAAAACCCAGAUCGAUAUGCUUGGCCUUUUGAGGUUGAUAUUACUCAAACCAUAAAUUCACCAGAUACCCCUCCUCCAGCACAGGACCCUGAAGAUUUUGGGCCCACUAGAUUUGUAGGAUACUUCCUCCUCACCUGGAUUAUCCUAUCCCUCUCUUUAUCUGUUGCAUUUAAUCGCUAGCUUCGUUCCUUACCCAAUUUUCAAAAUCAUGGCGCUUUAAAUGUAAGAACAAUAUUUAUUCAUAUAUCUUUUGUCAAUACUUAUAUUCUUGUUUUUUCGUGUACAUUUCUAGUUAUGGUCUUGAUCGAACAAAAUUGUAAUUUUGCAAAAUUAUCCUUUUGAGUUACCAAAAUAAUU